UGGAGGGCAGGCAGUGACGUAGGCGUCCACCACUCCAUAAAAUGUUGUAGAUCCUGGUCCAUGGCACGGAGGGGGAGGGAGACAGCUGUCAGACCUUCUUUUUGUUUUCGCAUUGCCCUCGAUUUCGAGAGAGACAUUACAACUACUGAUUUCGAGAAUCACAACACAAUAACAAGGAUCAGGCCCAAUGACCAUGGCUUCGAUAUCCAUCAACGCGCCCGGGGCAUCCGGCUUCAUCUACAACAAUGCGAACCUGGGGACGGCGCGGGUGUGCAUCACGGCCGAGACUGAGGAGUUCGACACGCAGACCAUUCGAGCGUGGGCGGACGAGGGGUUCGAUGUCGUGUAUGUGCCGUUCAACAACGGCGGGAAGGAUUACGCUGCUCGACUGAGGACGGUCAAAGACGGGUUGGGGGUGGGUGACAACUAUGCGAUCAUCGCCUUCGGAGACGCAGCCUCCUUCUGCAUGGACUACUUCCUCAAGCCGACCAACGCCAGCCGUCUCGCCGCGCUGAUCGCCUACUACCCGACCACCAUCCCCGACACCCGCAACCGCUACUCGGUCCAACUGCGGGUGCUCUGCCACCUGGCCGGCAACACCGUGGACAUGGUCACCAUCCCGACGGCACUCGGCCUGCAGGGGAAGAAGAAGCGCACGACCAAGAAGAUCAACCCGGGCAUCGGCACGGGCGAGCGGCUGAACAUCGGCUGGCCGACGUUCACGUACGCCUCGGUGCAGCCCGGGUUCGCGGAGAGCGACCUGGAGGAGUACGACCGGCUGGCGUCGGAUCUGGCGUGGAGCCGCACGCUGCAGGUGUUGCGCAAGGCGUUCGGGAAGGACCUGGAUCUGGAGUCGCGGUGGGAGGAGCAUCUGGAAGCGCGCUUCUUCUCCAUGAACCUCAAAGGCACGGUAGAACCGUACGUCUCGCACCUCAACCCGGCCGUGACGAUGGCGCCGACGAUGAGCGGCGCGAUCGGCGCGCACGCCCUGCGCCGCUUCUACGAACACCACUUCCUGCGCAAACUGCCGCCGUCGAUGCGGCUGCGGCUGAUCUCACGCACCGUGGGGGCAGACCGCGUCGUCGACGAGCUGUACGCCUCGUUCGAGCACUCCGAGGAGAUUCCCUGGAUGCUGCCGGGCAUCCCGCCGACGAACAAGCGCGUCGAGGUGAUUCUCGUGAGCAUCGUCAGCCUGCGCGCCGGCCGCCUGUACUCCGAGCAUAUGUACUGGGACCAGGCCAGCGUGCUGGUGCAGCUGGGCCUGCUGGACCCCAAGUACGUGCCGCCCGGGGCGACGGCGCCGGGCGUCGACCGCCUGCCCGUGGUAGGACGUGAGGCCGCCCGUCGCAUCGUGGAGGAGGACCCGGAGGCCGAGAAGAAGGACUACCACAACCGGCUGAUCCGGCGCGCGCGGGCCAAGCAGCGGGGGAAGGUCGAGGAGUCCGGGACGGAGGCGGGCGAUAUCGGGGUCGAGAAGCCGCUGGGCGACGGGGACGGCAAGGGCAAGAACGUGCAGCGCAACGGCGAGGAGCAGAACGGCCACCGCCACGACGGCGAGCACGACGGCGCGGUGGGCGACGAGCACCCCGAUGAUGAUGAUGAUGAUGAGCACGAGCAGAAUGGCACCCCCAGUAACGGGCAUAGCAAAAGUCCCACCGCUGCCACCGUCGAGGACGAGCCCGAACCUAAAAGCGAUGACUGAACCUCAUCACCCUAAUUUCUCGACUGGCAUCUUCUAUACCCUGGACAUUUGCAUUCUGUAUCUCAUGGUUUUGAAUUAUCUUUUGAUUCCAGAUUGUGCGCGAUGACGCGGCGUGUUUUUCUUUUGCUGUAGUGGUGGUUGAUAAUUCCGUACUCUUCUAAGUCGCAUUGAUACAGUUGAUCUCAUGCAUAGUCAAACAUAUUCACACGCUCUGAGCCACGCUGCAACUUCUUCUGAAUGAAAUUGAAAACAGGCAAUCUACACAGGGACUGUGUACGUGGUAUGUAUGUG